ACCAACGCUUAGAGAAGACACCAUUUGAGGCGUUGACAGGUAAGAAACCAAAUUUAAAUAAUAUGCAUGUAUUCGGCACAACAUGCUAUGCUUUUUUGCAGAACACCAAGAAAAUAGACGCAAAGAGCCGUAAAGGUAUAUUUAUAGGGUACGACAGAGGUAGCCCAUCUUACUUGAUAUACUAUCCGGAAUUAGACAAGAUAGAAAAGGUACGUUGUGUCAAAUUCAUUGACAACUUCCAAGGCAAAGACAAUAAACUCAACGAUCUUGAUGAGUUUGUACCCGACAGAAAACCUUCGAGUACUAGCAAUGAAAACCCCAAAAUGCCGAGUACAGUUGAGGAGAGCUCGAAUAAUCUCGAAACAAUCAGCGAAAAUGUAACAAACAACACCGAGGUGGUUGCCGAGGGAGAUAGGUAUCCAACAAGAGUUCGCAAUAAGCCAAAUUAUUUCGAUCAAAGCAAAUUAGAUGACACAUUAGAUCCAUGUGUGUAUGUGCGUACAAUAGAUGAUGAACGAUGUGUGAUCGUAAUCGUUUGGGUAGACGAUAUCAUAAUCGCCUCGAGUGAUUCAAAUUCACUACAGAGCGUGAAAAAGUCUCUUAAAGAAAGGUUUAAAAUGACCGACCUAGGGAUUCUAAAAUGGUUUUUAGGCACUGAAUUUCAAUGCAGUGAAAACACAAUUAAAAUGAAUCAAACCCGGUACAUUGAAAAGAUUCUUGAGAAAUUCAAAAUGACCGAUUGUAAGCCAAAGCCGACGCCGUGUGAGUUAGGAUAG